AUGGCCUCAAGAAUUGAGUUUACAAAGAUCAUCCAGCUUGAUGUUAUAUCAGAACAAGAAUCCUGGAGCUUGCUUAAGAGGAAUGCCGGUGAUGUGAUUGAGUCUCCCUUAAUGAAUUCAAUGGCAAAGGAGAUUCGCAAAGAAUGUGGAGGCUUGCCCUUAGCAAUUGUAACAGUUGGGAGGGCACUGAGAGGCAAAGACUUGGAAGAAUGGAAAGAGGCAGCUCUAGAACUUAAGAAAGCUGAGCCAGUGAAUAUUGAAGGCGUGAAUGAUGAUGUGUACAAGUGCCUUAAAUUAAGCUAUGAUUACUUGAGGAAUAAGGAAGACAAGUUUAUGUUCCAGUUUUGCUGUUUAUUUCCUGAGGAUUAUGACAUUCCUAUGGAGGAUUUGGUAAGAUAUGGGAUUGGUCUGGGAACAUUUGAAGAUGUGAGAAUACAGGAAGCAAGAAAUAGAGCUCGUUCUAUCGUCAACAAUCUCAAAGAAUCAUGUUUGCUUUUGAUGAUAGUUAUGACAUUUUUGCUGUCACAUUAUGCAGAAAUUGUAUCAUUUUAA